AUGAGCUUUCAAAGCUUCUUACACUCCCAUCUUCCAGGCCUAGAAGCACAAUUGAACUCAACCUUAUUAGGUUCAGUUCAAUCCUCACUCUGCUUCUCCUAAUGAUAGCUUGGCACUACUAAAUAAACACCACCACAUUAUCACACCCAAAAGGCCAAAAUUCAACCUUAGCCUAAACCUUAGCCCUUCAUAAUCACCAAAAAAUUCUGCAACAUAAAGAUCACCUUCCCAUUUAAAUAGUAUUAGCUCAAAUAACUGACAUCUUUACCUGUCUACUUCCUAAUCAAAAUUCUAUAAUUUCUCACUCUUUUUCAUAAAUUGGGUUGAUCAGAUACCAAUUUUGCAAUUCACCAUGUCCAUCUCAAUGCUAAUGUGCAGACUAAGACAACCCUUAAUAAACGUUCCCUGCAGUGGCAAAAAAAUGAGCAUGAGGCAGAUUCAAAAGGAGAAGGUAGUGUUGGUGAUGGGAGCUACAGGGACAGGAAAGUCAAAGCUCUCCAUUGACCUCGCCACCUGUUUCCCCUCAGAAAUCAUCAACUCCGACAAGAUUCAAAUCUACGACGGCCUCGACAUCGUCACCAACAAAAUCUCCAAGGAAGAACAACGUGGAAUCCCCCACCACCUCCUCGGAACUCAAAACCCUAACACAGACUUCACCGCCGGCGAUUUCCGUGACUGUUCCACCGCCGCCAUUGACGCAAUCACAAGCCGCGACCACCUUCCGAUCAUCGCCGGAGGUUCGAACUCCUACCUGGAGGCGUUAAUCGACGACGACGACUACAAAUUCCGAUCGAGGUACGACUUCUGCUGCCUCUGGGUCGACGUGGCAAUGCCGGUGCUGGACUCAUACGUGGCGGCGCGUGUGGAUCAGAUGCUCCGGAGCGGAAUGGUGGAGGAGCUGAGACCGUUUUUCAACGCGAACGGCGACUACUCGAGAGGAAUCAGAAGAGCGAUUGGGGUUCCUGAAUUCGACGAGUAUUUCCGGCGGGAAGGGUUCGCCGAUGAGGAAACGAGGAAAUUGUUACUGGAGCGAGCGGUGAGGGAGAUGAAGGUGAACACGUGCAAGCUCGCGAGGAGGCAAUUGGGGAAGAUUCAGAGGCUGAGGAAUGUGAAGAGGUGGGAGAUUCACCGUGUUGAUGCGACGCCGGUGUUUCGGAAGCGUGGGGAGGAGGCUGAUGAGGCGUGGCGGAAGGUGGUGGCAGAGCCUAGUGCUAUGAUCGUAGCGCAGUUUCUGUAUAAGGCAAAGAGUGAUGUGAAUGUUGUUUCUGGCGGUUUCAGAGUGCCGGCGGGUUCAACGGAGAGUGUUAUGGCGGCGGCGACGUGUUAGUUAUGUUCAUAGAGGGUGGUGGUUGCAAUUUUGUUCAGCCCAGAAAUAAUAAUUAUAAAAUUGAUAAUAAGGAAGAAUUUGCAGUUGAUUUUAACAAACAAUUUUUACCUCAACUCUAUCUCUAUCAUAUAUUGUAGGAGUAUCAAAAAAAAAAUAUUCAUAUAUUGU